AUGGCCUCAUGUGAGCGGUGCAAGCAGCGCAAGGCAAAGUGCGACCGCCGAUUACCGACGUGUCAGCGCUGUGAGAAGGCAAAGGCUGAGUGUGAGUACGGGGGGAGGCGGAAGUCGGGGUUUCCAGCUGGACAUCGCCAGAUGCUGGAAGACAAGAUCGAGAAGCUAGAGUCCGAACUACGCGCCAUUCGCAGCACGCCGCGAACGAGCACAGCAACUGAUCAAGCACCUCCACAAGACACCAUCGAAGUCGAGACCAAAUCACCCAAUGACCAAGCAAUCCGUUCGAUGCCCGUCGGUGAAGCAUCACCUACCUUUGAGCGCACCCGCAGAGUCACAGAGCGCAGACCACCAACCGACCUCGUCGUUUCCCUCGCCUCUCUUUACUUCCGCCACAUCCACCCAUGGUUUCCCUUCCUAGAUGUCCAGCGCGUCUGCGCCGACAUGGGCUCUAUGGAUGAACCUGCGCUGCUGUACUAUGCUCUCUUUGGGGUCACGCUGCCAUACUCGUUUGACUCGCGUCUUGAUCAGGCGUCGAGCGAUUCGUUUUGGAAAUACUCUAAGCGCAGCAUAUUUGUUGAUGUGUUGGACGAGCCUUCUUACAGUUCGCUGGAGGUUCUUACGGUGCUUGUUUUGGACCUUUCGGGCAUGACGCAUGGACCUCAGGUCUGGGGUCCUUUGGCGGUGACGACGAAGCUUGCGGUGCAGCUUAAGAACACAGAUGGGCUUGUCUUUCGGACGUCGAUAGAGGCUGAGGGCAGUGAGUCGCUGAGCAAGAGUGAUGGUAUCUUCCGGCAGCGGUUGUUCUGGGCCAUUUAUGCUCUCAACUGUACGAUCUGCAUCACCACCAAUCAUCAUUCGACCUUGGGCGACGAUCAUGUUCACCACUUUCUACCUGCGCGACAGCAAGUCUGGAGGGAGAACCUAUCAGGGGUAGACGACGCAUCGCUUACUCCAGCGUCUGUGUUCAGCUACCAACUGGAGCUAUUCGACCUUUCUCGAAGACUUCACAGGGUUGGAAUGGAAAACAGCGCGCUGUAUAACAAUCAAGAGCUGGAGUCGACUUGGCUGAGCGAGUUUCAUAAUAUCGCAGCUGAACUCAGUUCGUGGAUGGAGACACUGCCUUCUCGGCUAUUCUGGCAUAACCAUAAUAUUGUCGAGGACCGUGUCCCAGGCGCUAUCCGCCCAGCAACCUUUAUGCUAUAUGGGUACUAUUACGCUUUGGAUAUCUACUUAAACGGCUUUCUCGCUAUACCACGUCACUUCAACUUCCAGUCCGAAUCCCAUCUCGAGAUCCGCCGCCAAUGCUUAAAGCGAUGCCUCACCAGCGUACAAGCCUUAGCCCAGAUCGUCACAAAGGUCGCUGACCAAACAGUCGAUAAGCUGGGCUGGCCAUUUGCCUAG